AUGGGUCAAGUACUUUUGUUCGUAAUUGCGUCUGUGUUUUCGAUAAUGAUGCUCUUCCUGAGUAUCUUUUAUGUCAUCAUGUUCACAGAUCUCGAAUGUGAUUACAUCAACCCCUUUGACCUUUGUCGUAAAUUAAAUAAGUUUAUUAUACCAGAAAUGGCUAUACAUGCUGCAAUGUUCUCUUUAUUUGUACUGAACGGUAGCUGGAUCGCUGUCUUGAUUCACCUACCCAUGUUUAUAUUCCACGCCAAAAAGGUUUACAAAAACGAUUAUCUCUUUGAUGCCACAGAGAUCUUUCGUACGAUGUGGGCACACAAAAAAGAAUACUUUAUCAAAAUUGCGUUUUAUGCAUUCUGUUUCUUCUACUUCCUUUACCGUAUGAUUGUUGAGAUGGUAGCAGCCGAUGAUACAUGGAAGUCUAGCAGAAAAGUAAAGUAA